AUGAUAAAGCAAGAUGCUGCAGAUACUGCUGAUAACAUUAUUCAUGGUUCGAGUCAGAAGAGGAGAUGGCACUUCCUGGAUGUAGUAACUUAUGAUGAUAUGCACGUGAACUUCACUCAGGAAGAGUGGGCUUUGCUAGAUCCUUCUCAGAAGAGUCUCUACAAAGAUGUGAUGUUGGAGACCUAUAGAAAUCUCACAGCUAUAGGCUACAUUUGGGGAGACCAUACUAUUGGUGAACAUUUUCCAAGUUCUAGAAGACAUGGAAGGCAUGAAAGAAGUUAUACAGGAGAGAAACCCUUUGAAUGUAACCAAUGUGGUAAAGCCUUUGCAGGAAGGUAUCACCUCCAAAGACAUAAACAAACACAUACAAGAGAGAAACCCUAUGAAUGUAACCAACGUAGUAAAGCCUUUGCACAAAGCAGUGUUCUCCACUAUCAUAAAAGAACACAUACUGGGGAGAAACCCUAUGAGUGUAACCAAUGUGGUAAAUUCUUUGCAAGAAGCAGUAUCCUCCAAAAACAUAAAAGAACACAUACAGGAGAGAAACCCUAUGAAUGUAACCAAUGUAAUAAAGCCUUUGCAGGAAGCAGUGGUCUUGAAUAUCAUAAAAGAACACAUACAGGAAAGAAACCCUAUGAAUGUAACCAAUGUCAUAAAGCUUUUGCAUUCAGCAGUGUUCUCCAAAAACAUAAAAGAACACAUACAGGGGCGAAACCCUAUGAAUGUAACCAGUGUGAUAAAGCCUUUGCAGGAAGGUAUCACCUCCAAAGACAUCAACGAACACAUACAAGAGAGAAACCAUAUGAAUGUAAACAAUGUGGUAAAACCUUUGCAAAAAGCAGUGGUCUCAACUAUCAUAAAAGAACACAUACAGGAGAGAAACCCUUUGAAUGUAACCAAUGUGGUAAAUCCUUUGCAAGCAGCAGUAACCUCCAAAAAUAUAAAAGAACACAUACAGGAGAGAAACCCUAUGAAUGUAACCAGUGUGGUAAAGCCUUUGCAGGAAGGUAUCACCUCCAAAGACAUAAACAAACACAUACAGGAGAGAAACCCUAUGAAUGUAACCAAUGUGGUAAAGCCUUUGCACAUAUUAGUGUCCUCCAGUGUCAUAAAACAACACAUACAGGGGAGAAACCCUAUGAAUGUAACCAAUGUGGUAAAACCAUUGCAAGAAGCAGGAAGCUCCAAAAACAUAAAAGAAUACAUACAGGAGAAAAACCCUAUGAAUGUAAUCAAUGUGGUAAAACCUUUGCAGUAAGGUGUCACCUCCAAAGACACAAACAAACACAUACAGAACAGAAACACUAUGAAUGGAACCAAUCUGAAAAAGAAGUGGUAAAAUGA